AGUUUCUCACACUCAGCAGAAUCGGCACCCUUCUCUCUCUCUCUCUCUCUCUCUCUCUCUCUCUCUCUCUCAGGCCCUUCAAUUUUCUAAAUUCUCCCGAAAAUCUACAAUCUAUUUCAAAACCCCAACAUUUCCAAUUAUACACCAUCUCCAAAAUCGAUUGCAAUCAAAACAAUAAAAACCUUUUUUUUUUUGGUAAAAUUUUCUUUCUAUUCAGAGAAAAUUUCCGGGAUAAAUACUAACCCUUAUAUUUGUCGAGAAUCUUUGAAUUAUUAUUAUUAUUAUUACUUUUUUGUUGAAGCGGUUUAUUAAAAAUUGGUUUUCAAUAAUGAUGAUAUCUAAUAUUUUUCUUUUACACUUUCGAUUUUCGAUUUCUCUUUUUGAAAAUUAUUUACUAGUUCAACAAAAGAGAUGAAAAAUUGUAGAUUUUCGGAGAUUUCUUUUUGGUUUUUGAAGAACCCUAGUUUGUGAUUAUUUAUCAAUAUCAUUAUCUUUUUUGGUGGGUUAUGGAUCCGGGGCGUAUAGUAUUUGAUAUUAGCUCCGAUGAAGAGCAGGAUCGGAGCGAGCCCAGGUCGGACGAUUACAGUUGGAUAUCGGAGCUUCUCGGCGACGUUGAUGAAGAGACGGACGAGGAGUCCGAUGAGGUCGUGGUUGUGGGUGAGGUCAACCCGAAGCCAAGGUCAAAGUCUUCGAGGCAGACACUGAAAGAUGUGGACGAUGAUUGUGUGGUUUUGGAUGGUGACCCAGAUAAACCUGUUGAGGCGGCGGAAGAUUCGACCGGUGGUUCGGACGAGUUGCUUAUCGUUGCUGAGAAGGGUCAGAUUGCAUGCAGAGACUUCCCUCAUUCCCGUCAUCUUUGUGCUAGUUUUCCUUUCAGUACUACCCCACAUGAGAAGCACUGCAACCAGUGUCACUGUUAUGUUUGUGACUCGCUUGCACCAUGUUUAAAUUGGGGUACUGGCAUCUCCAGUAUGGACCAUUGUCAUGCUACUGAUAAAGAGAAGAGAUGGAAUAUUCAGAGAAGUAACUUGAAGUCGGGGAAAAAUGCAGCAUUUUCAACUUCAAAAAUUUCAGAUACUUCUUUAUCUAUUACUCUACCUCAAGUUAACCCAGUUGCACCACCCAAUAUUAUUUGUUUGUCACCUAGCCCAACACAGCAGAAUCAAGUGUCUAGGCCUGCCGCUCUCCGUGCUUGCACCUCAUCCAACUUUUCCGUCCCAAAUAUCAUAAGCCAAGUUAGAAGCCAACAACCAGGGUUUAUUAUGAAUAAGAACAGAGUCCAUCCUCGCGUGAUUUCUCGACAGAUUCCAAGUGUUGGUCCUCGGAAUAAUAACAUCCGGAGAAGCAAAUUUCAUCAGAUGGGUAAUUUUGAUCCCCAAAUUGCCCCUUCCCAUAAUACAUUGUUUAAGAGGUCACGACAUUUUGGGGUUUCCUUGCCAAUGAGUCAAUCCAUGUACAGCUCAUCGAACAAGGAUGGUUGUGCCAAUCCUUUGCAAUAUGCUAGAAAUCCCACUACGAUGGCAAUGUCAAAUGGCACGAAUACCUUCAGGUGGGAGGAUGUUAGCUCCAGCACAAACCAAAGCUCCUCGCAACCCAACUUGGCCAACGCAGUGGGGAACACUCUGCCUUCCCAAACCCAAAUAUAUAGUCAGCCUGUUCCAUUAUCAAAUCAUAGCCAGGAUUUCUAUCCAAAUGGGAAUCAAAUACAAAAUCAUGAACAAAGUGUCUGUCAGUAUGGAAAUCUGAGUGAAACUGCCAGCCAAAAUUUCGGUCUAGAAAGCAAUCAAAUUGCAAGUGCCACAGAUAUGAGUUUUCCAGAUUAUAACUAUGGUUGGGUGAACAAUACCAGUCUAGGCAAUCAACAAGGUCAUGUUGAACAAUCUCAAGUUCAAAAUACAGAGCCUGUUUAUGAUACAUCUGUUGUUAAAGAGUCUAAUCCCGAGUUUACUCAGAGCAAUAAUCUUAGCUCAGUGACCUUCGACUUUGAGAACUGGUUAAUGGACCAGUCUGCCCCCGGAAGUUCAGAUGGUUCUUGGCCAUCUCAACUAAAUAUGUUAUCUCCUGAACCUCCUGUAGAUGCAGGUAUGCUUUUAUUUGAUUUUGAAACCUCCUGGAAUGGGCUUGCUCAUGUGUAGGACUCUCACUCUUGAUAUGCUUCCUUUAAGUAUGUGAAGCAGAAGAUGCUGACCCACACAUAACUUUGCUUCUUGUAAAUAAGUUAAGCAACACAACUGGUGUUCUACUUGCUUAUAUUGGAAAACUGAAGGAGAUUUGGUAGUGUACAGUUAUUAGAUGAAUCAAAGUGUACAAAGUUGAAAGUAUCCGUAGGUAGAAGAUACUCUAUGGAGGGAUUAGGGGCUGGUUAUUAUUUUUUGUCUCUAAGUUUUCCUUUUUCUACUUACUUUUUAUUGGCAAAUACUAUUUACGCUAUUCCAGCUUCUUGUCCUUCUGUUACUUGGCAUUCUAGUUCAUGAAUUUUCGAGGUUACGUAAAAUUUUGCCCCUUUCCAAUUUCUGAAGUUGCUCCUUGCAGUA